UGGAGAGAGUGAAAUAAAUCCACACUUCUUAUUUCUCACAGCCACAAUUUUUUUUUUUUGGUAAUUUGUCAGGAAGAGUGGGUUUUGGAUCACUGCGCCACAUUACAAGAAAGCGUGCCCUUAGUUCAUGUUAGUAGUAGAAAACCAGCAGCCUCUCUCUCUUUUUUUUUUUACGCACACCCUACUCCAGUGAAGGCAGCAGCAAUUCAGAUCAGAUUUCACAUUCAGCUCCGACCAGCUGAGAGAGAGAGGCAGCCAGAGAGCAGGAGGGCUCGUAGCUCCGCUUUCCCCUCCGGUUCCCCCCCCUUCUGUUCGGCGAGCGCCAGAAAAAGCCCCUGCGAGGAAAAGUGGGCGCGCGGCGCAAAUAUUAAAACACCACCGGGAUUUGUUGUUUCCCCCUCCUUUUUUUUUUUAUUUUUUUAAACAUUUUUUUUUUUUUUUUUUUGCUUUCUUCUUUUUAUGUAUUUUUUGCAGGAUUUCAGCUGCGAGAGCGCCACAGAGCAUUAGAUAGAGAGAAGAAGAGAUGGACGAGCAGCCGCGGUUGAUGCACUCUCACUCGGGGGUAGGCAUGGCAGGGCACCCCGGCCUGCCGCAGCACAUGCAGGAAGGCACCGGAGGGACGGACGGCGACGGAAGAAAACAGGACAUUGGAGACAUUUUACAGCAAAUUAUGACCAUCACGGAUCAAAGUCUGGACGAAGCCCAAGCCAGGAAACACGCUCUGAACUGUCACAGAAUGAAGCCAGCUCUUUUCAAUGUCUUGUGCGAAAUCAAAGAAAAAACAGUGCUGAGUAUCCGCGGCGCCCAGGAGGAGGAGCCCCCGGAUCCCCAGCUCAUGCGGCUGGACAACAUGCUGCUGGCGGAGGGCGUGUCCGGUCCGGAGAAAGGCGGAGGCUCUGCGGCGGCGGCGGCUGCCGCUGCGGCCUCGGGAGGAGCGGGGGCGGACAACUCCGCAGAGCACUCCGACUACAGGGCCAAGCUGUCCCAGAUCCGACAGAUCUACCACACAGAGCUGGAGAAGUAUGAACAGGCAUGUAACGAGUUCACCACCCACGUGAUGAACCUGUUGCGGGAGCAGUCACGCACACGGCCGAUUUCGCCCAAAGAGAUCGAGCGCAUGGUGAACAUCAUCCACCGCAAGUUCAGCUCCAUCCAGAUGCAGCUCAAGCAGAGCACCUGCGAGGCCGUAAUGAUCCUGCGCUCCCGUUUCCUCGAUGCCAGACGGAAAAGACGAAACUUCAACAAGCAGGCAACAGAGAUCCUGAAUGAGUAUUUCUACUCACACCUCAGUAACCCUUACCCGAGCGAGGAGGCUAAAGAAGAGCUGGCAAAGAAGUGUGCCAUCACAGUUGCCCAGGUUUCCAACUGGUUUGGGAAUAAAAGAAUCAGAUACAAGAAAAACAUUGGUAAGUUCCAAGAAGAAGCCAACAUGUACGCUGCGAGAACUGCCGUGAAUGCGGCUAAUGCAUCCUCACAUGGAAGCCAAGCAAAUUCACCCUCAACUCCAAACUCUGCAGGUUCUGCCGGCUCUUUUAACAUGUCAAACUCCGGGGACUUGUUCAUGAGCGUGCAGUCUCUCAAUGGGGACUCGUACCAGGGGGCUCAGGUGGGAGCCAACGUGCAGUCACAGGUGGAUACCCUUCGCCAUGUUAUCAGUCAGACAGGCGGAUACAGUGAAGGACUCACAGCCAACCAGAUGUACAGUCCGCAGGCCAUCAAUGCAAACGGUGGCUGGCAGGAUGCUCCAACCCCCUCAUCAGUGACUUCACCCACAGAAGGACCCGGAAGCGUUCACUCUGACACCUCCAACUGAUCCUCCACCCUCUCACUCCUCCGUCUUCUGCUUCCCAACUUCCUCCGCCACUGCACCCCCAGCCAUAUCUCCCAAAGCUGAAACCCCAUCAGGACUGGACUUGACGUACUGUGUGUAGUCACACAGCGGGACACAGUUGGGGACCGGCAUGACAUUUUCACCAUUACGGACAAAUAUUUCACUUUUCCUCUCUGGACCAUCGCAGCACCGUUAGCAGCCUGCAUAAGGGACUCAUAUCUACACUUCACAGUUUGUACAGUUUCCACUAGAUGUCCAUGUUGCCUCUUUGUAUUUCUCUUACAUUAUAUAUUCACACAGUAGGCACACAGAUAGCAGCGUAAUGCCCCACGUCUUGUAAAUUCAAAUGCUUUCACACUACCUCUAUUCGAAAUAACAACAGAGAGAAAAAACAUCGCUUCGGUUUUACAAAUUUUUAUAAUUAUUGGAAUUUUACUGUGCACCACACCAUGCCCUGUCAUUACACCUCUGUCUUUAUUACAGUUCACAACUUUUGUUUAUCUAUAGUGCCAAAGUUCAACCCUGGAGGUGAAUUUUGAUAAUGUUACAUUACACGUUUUUAUGUCAUGUCCUUACAUCGUCCAUGCCACACUUUGUGAAGUAUUAUUAUGUUAGUCCAGUCAUAUUAGUCCGGUAAUACCCAAGUAUUCAGCCUCGAUUUAUAUAGUUUGUAUUCAGAACCUCUACAACAGACAAUGACAUGUAAGGCGUUUUAUAAUUUAUUGCCAGAGUAGUAGGUUUUCUGCUCAUAUGCAGUACAAUAAUGCAAAGAAUUAACAUAUUAAGUUGCAAAGAGAGUUGAAGUUCUGUCAUGCAUGUUGGCUGCAUCCACAAUAUUCAAAGAAAAAUUGACCUGAAACACAUUAAAUCGAUGACAGCAGCAAUUACGGCACGUCAGUAUGUAUUAAAGCACAAUAACACCUAAUGAUUGAAAGGGUAACAUUUGUAAAUGUCGGACAGAAAACAAUACAGAGGAAAUUUUAGGAUGUAACUAUAGUAGUCAUAUAUAGAAGAAAGAGAGUGUACGUGCAGUACAUUAUCAGACAUUGUCAGUGUGGAUCAGUGAGAUCAAUAUAGCCAAAUACUGCUGGUAACCAAAUCCAAAACAAAAAUUGUAAUUCUGAUUUUAAGGUACCGUGUUGUUGGGAUUUAACACAUUGCAUUGACUUUUCUCGGAAUUUACAUUCACUUUUCAUUUAUGGCAUUAUAUUUGUGUCAUAAUCCUAAGAGCGCGAUGGGACAUUUUGAGCAAAGAAUGGAUUUUUUUUUAGGUUUGCUCAAAUUAAAUGAUUCUUUACAUGAUAAGAAUUUCUCUACAUAUUAAACUUUGCGUGCGAGCAAAAAAUAUGUUUCUGUGCUCGAAAUAUCCCAAUGCACGCUGAGGAUUGUGGCACAAAUAUAACUCCAUGUGCAUUCAGUGCUGAAAAAACUUGAGGUUACUGAUAUCCCGUAACCCCUGUUCUCUGAUAACAUUUGUGAGAAUAUUUGAGAGAGAUCUACAGUGUUUGUAUUUUUUAGUAUUCAAGAGUCCCUUUACUUUUUGUUUUGUUUUAAAAUGACACUAAAAACACCACGCACAUCAACACAAACCAAUCCCAAAUGUGAAAUUAAAUUUGUUGUAUGUACAGUAUAGUAUGUGGUCUAACAUGUAUACAUGAUUAUGACAAUAGUCCUUAUGAGAUAUCAGCAUUUACAUACUUUGAUACCAAAAAAAUGGCAGAAUUUUUAUCCUCUACAUUGGGAUCAGCUUUACUGACGUUUUCUUUUUCCUCUUUUCGUAGGAUUUUAUUACCUAUGUUACUCAGUAUCUCAUAAUGCGCUAGUGCUCUGUAUUCAAAGCCAAAAAAAUGCAGUUGGAAUACAGUAGUGUUUAUAUAAAUUAAAAUGGAAACAAAUACACUGAUGGCACACAAAUCCAGAUAAUGUUUGGAUAUAUUUUUAUGUCUCCAUUUUGUGAAUAACUCAUUUUCCAUUUGAUUUUUAUUUUGCUUUGCUACAGGACUAUGUUUCUUUUUUUUUUUAUGCUACCAUUAUAUGUGAAUUACCCCAAGAAUGCUCUAUAUACAGUAUGUAGAUAUGCACCUUUACUCUUUUUUUGCAUCUUUGAAUUUGGACAGUAGCUAUUUUAACACGGUCUGAUUGAGUUCCUGUUGGAUUUAAGGUGAAAUCGUUAUUUUGUACUCAGACCACGGAAACGAGCCUGCCUCCAAGAUGGCCACUGUCCGAACGAAGGUGACGUGAAAAGUUAGUGUCAACAUUGCCCUCUGACAUUGUUUUUAGCUUAACUGAACCCUUACAGAAAACAAAAUGUAAUCCCGGGAUCCCAACUAGUCACAAUGCAGCCUGAAAACCACAGGUAUUUUUUAACAGUUGUCAGUGUGUUUGUAUUUAUUACACAUGUAUGAAAUCAUGGAUGUUUCAGAGCUACUGUCUGGAGGUCAACCACGGCAUGAUUACAUCAGACAAACUCAUUUGGAUCAUUCAGAGCGGCUCCUCCUUGACUCCCCUGCUCAGUAUUACAGUCGAGAGGCCGAGCACCAUUGAAGUGAUACACAGAACCUGCCUCAGUCGUGUCUUCUGAAGUCAUUGGAGUGAACUGACAGCACUGGCCAUGCAAGGCAAACACAAGGAUUGUUUUUGCACCCCUCAAAAAAACGCUUAACUCUACUUUUCACAUUGCCUGUCAAAUAUUAUCGAAGCUUCAUGUAAUGAUGCUUUUUAGUUUUUGAAUAUAAAAGGAAAAGAGACAUGAAAAGAAAAAUGAACAAUUUGUAAAACAUAAAAUGUUUUAUUUGUUGCAUGUCUUUUUGUUCUUCAAUAAAAUAACGUACUGCAGUGUUUUGAAUGUUAACUUCUUUUUUAUAAGGAUUUCAGAGUGAAAUCGUGGAGCCUUUUUCUUGACAGGUUUUAACUUUUAAGAUCUCUGCGUAUGUAAAAAGGUAUCAAAUGGAAAACUAUUGUCUUUUUAAUUCCAAUUCAAAACAUGUUUUCUGUGGAGAAAAAUAGCUGAAAGGUGUAGGUUUUAUGGUCUCUUAAUUUGUACUGGCAAUGCGUAUCCCAAAUAAAUCGUUUCUUUUGUUGCAUAAA